UCCCAAGUUUAAUUGCCGAAGAAUUCUCUCACAAUUGGCACCGUCGGCACCGUUAACUAUGAAUGACUGCAGCCGACAGUUUUUCCGGUGCCGCUGUGCAAGCUGGGUCGAGUAUAUAUGACAUGGUGCUCCAUUGUGAGAAAGCAAAAUACGACAGUGAACCGCCUUACCGACAAGAUGUCUCUUCAGCUGCCCCCAGAAAUAUACGCGCAUAUAUUCGAGGUUGGUGUACACAAAUGGGGAGUUGGCUUCCUGCCUCCACUGUGUUUAACGUGCAGCGACUGGAAUGAAAUUGUCAUAUCCACUCCACGUUUAUAUGGGAUCAUUGACUUUACACGUUCCAAGCGACACGGUCUCGUCCAACUCUCCAAAGCCAAGUCGGCUCCUUUGUACCUCACCCUUCCCACAGAACGAAGAAGAUACUACGAAUGCGAAAAGGAUCUCUUAUCAUUGGUUCACAAUUGGGUUUAUGCCUCGGUUCCUACCAGAACGUUGGAAACUCUCAAGGGAGAAGAUUUGUCUAGCUUGGAGGAACUGCAUGUCACGUCGUGUGGGGAUAAAGGCUCACCCAAAAAGAAGCUGUGGGACGUGGCGCCUUCGAAGUUGAGAGUUCUGGGAGCCGAUUCUGUCUCUCCUUCGUGGGUGAAGAGCGUGUUGAGCCGCAGUGUGACUCAAUUUGAGUUCCGCAAUAUUGACCGCCGGAAUAGGUGCACGAACUCCCAAAUUUUCGAGUUGAUCACCUUCAUACCAAACGUGGUCUCAAUAUAUUUGGAGUCCCUUUUCCUGCUGGACAGUCCCCAUUCUUCCAGCGAGGGGACGUCGGUGCUAAUGGAAGGUUUGCUCAAUCUUCACAUCCAAUCGCUUCGGUGCUUCGCCCUCCACGUCUCUCGCAUUCGUGCACCCUCGUUGCAGACGUUCCGUCUCAUUGAAAGCUACUCUUAUAGCGACGACCAUAUGCACUGGAAUCUAGUCUUCAUGCAGUGGAGUCAGCCGAAUUUUGUUCCCGCGAAUCUUCAUACCCUCGAGAUCCGGUCUUCUCUACGCGAGACCGAUGUACCAACAUUCAUUCAAUGGCUUUCGCUUCUCCCGAGCGUCGUGCGACUCAUACUAGACGACGUCGCCCUCUUCCGGUGCAAGGAAGCCAGUUUAAUCGAGAAGCUGUCUUCUCCGCCGGUUGAUGGAGAAGAUUGGUUCUGUCCGUCUUUGAUGCAGCUCUUCGUCGAAGGCGACGUGCAGGUUGUGGAUCUCAUCGCGAUAGCGAGUACCCGUGGAGGGGUGGUAGAGCCACCGUUCGCAACCACGUCUCGACCGAGCCGGUUGAGAUUGAUUGAGGCACCUUUGUGUGUCAGUGGAUGGGACGGCGAGAUUGCGGAAUUGAAGCGCCUUGUAGACGAAACACGUUGCUCGUGUCUGAGUUGCGCUCUGGGUCUUUUACGUGUGUGAACCUGAGUGCACACAUGUAAUAUUUAUCCGCAUUUAAUUACAUGCAAUUGUGAUUCAGUUAUCCGUCUGUCACCGCACACGUUCGCCUUACCUGAUAUUGAAUUCCUUAUGUUCGACAUCAGGAAUGUUAUCACCAUACACUUUGUGCCCAGAACGUCAGAGACAGCCGAUUUUUUGCCUACACAGUCCGACGGUAACCUUUCGUGGUUCUGGAGUUUCUAAGUCUUGAAAGGCACCACAGAACACGUCUUUGAAAUACAAGUUUUCCGCAACCGAGGAACAUCUGCUUAUUGGCGAUGAAAUGCUCUUCU